GCGCAUGCGCGAGCCCGAGAAAGAAAAGCCAGGGGGUCGCCAUUUUGCCGGGCUCUUUCUGAGGGGAGAUUUGAGAGCCGGAGACGCCGAGGCCGCGGCGCCGGAGCGGAGAGUGCGUCCCUGCUGCUUCUGGGAGGCGAACAGUGGAGAGAGAGCCGCCACCGCCACCAUCUUGGCGUUCAGGGCAUCCGACGGGGCCGGCCGGGCGAGGCCUGAACGGAGCCUCCCGUCGCAGCCGCCGGCAGAGUCGCAGGCAAAGCAGGGCGAGCCUCGCCCCCGACGGUUCUGGGGACCCGAGAUGGCCGCGCAGUCAGCGCCGAAAGUCGUGCUUAAGAGCACCAGCAAGAUGUCUCUUAACGAGCGCUUUACUAAUAUGCUGAAGAACAAACAGCCGAUCCCGGUGAACAUUCGCGCCACUAUGCAGCAGCAGCAAUUAGCCAGCGCCCGGAACCGGAGGCUGGCCCAGCAGAUGGAAAACCGGCCUUCCGUCCAGGCUGCCUUGAAACUCAAGCAGAAGAGCCUGAAACAACGUCUGGGAAAAAGUAACAUCCAGGCACGCUUGGGCCGGCCAGCAGGACCCCUGGCUCGUGGCGCGUUAGGACGGGGGCUGCCAAUGGGGCAGAGAGGCUUGCCUCGAGGGGCCAUGCGUGGGGGCCGUGGAGCACGGGCGCUGCUGCGUGGAGGAAUCCCCCUGCGAGGACAGAGUUUGCUUCGGGGAGGCCGCGGGAUAGCCCCCCGGAUGGGCCUGAGAAGAGGAGGCAUGAGAGGCCGAGCGGGGCCUGGCAGGGGUGGCCUUGGCAGAGGAGCCAUGGGGCGCGGUGGAAUUGGUGGCAGAGGUCGUGGCAUGGCUGGCCGGGCCAGAGGGGGCUUCGGCGGCCGCGGAAGAGGCCGAGGCCGGGGCAGAGGCGCCACUCGCCCCGCGCUGACCAAGGAACAGUUGGACAACCAGCUGGAUGCAUACAUGUCGAAAACGAAAGGACACCUGGACGCGGAGUUGGAUGCUUACAUGGCUCAGACAGACCCUGAGACCAAUGACUGAGACUUUUUGCUGUAGAGCCUUGCGGGGGGGGGGCGGCACGGUGUGCGUGUGUCUGUAGAUUGGUCCUCUCCCUCAUGGCAGCCAAGAACACCAGCUCCUCAUGCUGGGGAGCGCCUCCAAGCAAGAAACGUUUCCCUUUUAUUAUUUUGAUGCUCCUGGUUGUAGGAAAUCCUAAGGCGGAGGGGGAUAGAUUUGUCCACAGACACACAUUUCUGCAGCACCUCUAAACACGGCGUGGCUGGCCAGCUCCUGAGGGCCUCCCCUUUCAUUAGCAGAGCAGCAGCGUUGCGUCGUCCCCAGCCCCCAUCUCCGCCCUGCAGCGGAGGAACAUUGCAUGUGGUCCCCUUCCCCAAACAGGCCUUGCAGAGUGAGGGGCUCUGCCCGCGGGGUUGCUGAAUCCUAGACUCUCCUGCCCUCCCCGGCCGGCUUUGGGGCUGGGAGCGCAAGGUGGCAGGAUCCUCCCCUCCGCUCCCCUUCCCUCCCCUCCUCGGGGGAAAGUAAAGAAAAUCAGGCCCAAGUUGAAUUUGAUUCUCCAGAUCCGACAUCACUAGAAGAAGCCAAGAGGUUUUGUUUUAUUUUUUUUAAUUGCGACAUAGUCCUUAGUAAUAUGGUUGCGGGGGGGGGUUUGCGUGCGUUUGUGUGUUCGAGAUGCCAAGGAGACGGUUGCUCUUCCCCCGCCCCUCCCUGCCAUCUGCAGUUUUGUGAACUCGUCUGUUCCGAGCGGCAUCUUGUAUUUCUCGGUUUACUGUAAGAAACAAUUGCAGGGAAUUGAAAACGUG